AUGGAGAGGAGUAUGGGUCUCUUUGCUGUAAAACUACACGAUGGGCCUUGCUCAGCUAAAGAUUGUAACCAUAACUGCACACAUACUGAGUUCGAUCCGGUAUGUGACAGCAAUGGAUCAGUCUACCGAAAUCUUUGUGUGUUCGAAAUGCGAAGAUGCGAAUUACAAUUAGAGAGUCAACGAAUUCAACUGGCAGAGGAUAGAAAGUUCUGUUUGAAGAAUCGAGGAAGCCAACGAUUCAAACUGGCGGGAGUGGAAUCGUAUUCCUCCUACGCAGAAGAACCGUAUGAACAGAGUACUGAAACGACUACAAGCACAACUACAGUAAUCACAACUUCAAUGAAACCAGAAGAAGGGUUUCUCAACAAAGUUAUAGCCAAAACAAAUGCUCAAAAACCUUCAUAUCAAAACAACCAAUCCCCGUUGACAAGAAAUGAUCUUAAUCGGGUAUGCAGCAUAACUGAAUGUGAUAAAGCAUGGGAUCCUGUAUGUGACACCAGGAAUCGGACACAUAAAAAUGUCUGUCAGUUCAAAUUUUUUGCUUGCAAGAUAAACAAAAUUGACGGCAGUAUAAUAGACAUUGCACAUACCGGUGCUUGUAAAGCGAGAAAGAGCACAUGUAUUAUCUGUCCCAAAGAUGAGAAAAGAAUUCCGAUUUGUGACAAUCAAAAUAUGACCCAUUCCGACCUAUGUUCAUUCAUCCAAUACAACUGUGAAGCUCGAAACAACGACGAGGAAGAAAGAGUCUUAGUUCACAUCAAAUCAUGUCAUGCAAGAAGUCCACAGUUUACCCUUAAAGACGAAAUGUGUCCAAGGACAUGUAGCCGUGACGUGAAGCCUGUUUGUGAUGAAGCCAAUAACACUCAUCAAAACCUGUGCCAUUUCCAACAGUACAAUUGCAAUAUGCGGAAGCUAGGGAUUAGAUCCCCGUACUUGAGAUACCUGAGACCAUGUGUGAAAAACAGAAAAAUAGAUACAGCUGUGGAAAAUGUUGAAAUGAGAGCUUCGGUAUCUAAUAUUGAAAUACAAACUACCAAGUCUCGGGAAUCAACUCCAGCAUCUCCAACUAUACCAAAACCUGGAUCGUCAGAAAAGACUACAUUCAUUGUAAGCGCCUUUGAGAAAGUUAUGAAAAGCACAACAAGCACUGAGAGGCCAACAACUACGAUUACAUCAAUAACUACCCUUUCUACUACUCCAUUAUCUACAGAACCUGCAAUUACUUUCACAUCAACUGAACCAUUCGCAGAAACAACCACGUUACCAGAUGUUGCAUUUUUUGACUGUCCAAAACCAAACUGUCCAACAGAUGGUCAACCGGUCUGUGAUUCAGCUGGAAAUUUGCAUGGAAACCUUUGCGAAUUCACGUAUUCCCGAUGCAUAGCUGCCAGCAAAGGUCAUCAAAUUCACAUCGCAACAGAAGAAAACUGUAUUUCGAAAGAAGCAUGUGAGAUGCCAUGUACGGAAGAUAAACACCCUAUAUGCGCUUCUGAUUUUUCAACGUACGAGAAUCUCUGUCAGUUCAGAAAACAAAAAUGUUUGGAUUCAGAGCUUGAAGUUUUGUUCAAAGGGAAAUGCAACGAAUGCCUCGAUUCUCCAUGUGCACUACCCGCGGAGAACUCUCCAGACGAAUCCUUUGUCUGCUUGGAAGACCAAUCCACAAAAUCUCUCUGUGAAUAUCAAAUGCUCUCAUGUAUAUUCGAACGUGGUUAUGGAGUGAACUUGACUGUCCAAUAUAUAGGGACGUGCUGUCCUCCAGUUGAAUCCUGUGACAAUGAAAAACCAGAUCCAGUGUGCACGGACAGUGGAGCCACUUUCUUGACAGAAUGCGAAUUGAAUAUUGAAAAUUGCAAAUUGAAGAAGCAGGACCAGCCAAAAUUAGUCGUUGUUUCGAAGGGCGUCUGUGAAAACUCUACCAUUGAAGUAGCAUACACCGGAAUGUGUUGUGAUACCAAUUGUCCGUCGGAUUUCAGUCCAGUUUGUGAUAGCAAAGGCAGCACUCAUCAGAACAUUUGUCACUUUGGUAUCAAGAGAUGCAUCGCUGAAAGAACAUUUGGAGACGUUCUGACAAUUGAAAAGUUUGAAGUUUGCAACCAAAUUGCAGCUUGUAACGCUCAAUGUCCCAAAGAGUACUCUCCAGUUUGUGCAUCUAAUCAACAGAACAUUGUAAACGAAUGUGAACUCAAUAAAAUCAGAUGUUUGGUAGAAAACAAUGUGACCACCGGAGAAAAACUUGUCAAGGAAUAUGAUGGAGAAUGUUGUCGACUAGAAAACUGUGACUUCUCAACAUUCUCCCCAGUAUGCGAUACGGAAGGGGUAACUCAUGCGAACAUGUGCUUGAUGAAUCAUAAUGCAUGCAUUCAAAUAAAAAAGUUCAAGAAAACCAUUCAAGUCUCUUAUCAGGGACAAUGCUGCAAUCAACCAUGUGACGAAGACGAUGCGCCAGUUUGUGAUGGGGACACAACUCAUCCGAAUACUUGCAAAUUCCGAAUUGCUCAAUGUGAAGCUGAACGCGUGAAUAAAACUAUAUCCAUCGCUUAUUCCGGCGACUGCUGCAUUCUGCCCAAGGGUGAAUGUGAAACUUCAGGAGCUGUAUGUGAUUCGGAAGGGCAGACUCAUUCUAAUCAUUGUGUAUAUCAACAAAAACGAUGCAUUGCCGAACGUAUAUCCAAGAAAACUCUUAAUAUAGUACAUACAGGAGAAUGCUGUGCGUUGGCGUCUUGUCCGAAAACGGGACAACCAGUAUGUGAUUCUAGAGGAAGAACUCAUGAUUCACUAUGUCACUUUCAUAAUUCCAAGUGUAUAUUUGACAAAAUACAUACUCAAAACACAACUUUGACUUUGGAUUAUCAAGGAAAGUGUUGCCCUGCUGGAUGUACAGAUGAGCUGUCAGUGAUAUGUGACCAACAUGAAAACAUCUACCGGAACUCGUGUUACUUUAAUUUGAAAGCAUGUGAAACAUGGAGGAGAACACAAGACGUGCUACUUGCUACACCCUGCCCGCUAUUACGAACAUGA